AUGGUUUUGAAUAGUCCUCUUCAAGAGAACGCAUGGCUAUUUCCUGAGACAGCGCCUCACCUGAGUGAGAUUAGAAGGCAAAACUUAAGGGUCCAACUCGUGUACGAAUAUGAGAAACAUAAAGUGCAAGGAAACAGAAAUAACUUGUUCCUGUCCGGAACCUCAAGAGAGUCGGGAAGUGACGUUUCGUUCUCAGAGCCAAGGACAUCUGUGGAGCCGUCUUUUGGUGAUGCAGCAUUCUCAGCAACUAAGGACGAAUGCUCAUCCAUACCAUCGCGGAGGACUAUGUCACUUGCAUCGCUCGCCCGAUGGCCCAGGAGCUCUUUGGCCGACACAGUCGUGUGCAUGCCCGAUAAUCCUUUCGCUGAUGCCGCGCCUUCAGGGGACACACCUAGUUCUGCCACCCAACAAGAUCCGAUGCAAGAUAUCGUGAAGUACUCGCAUGUUGUCACUGCAGAACAUGAGCCCAAAGUUACUCGCGUGUCAGGUAUUACCGGAACAUGGCCAGAAAGAGCUGAGAUAGUGGAUCCAAGUCGAGGUUUUCCCGGGCCUGCUAUUCCUCGCGGGACAUUCUCACAGGCAAAAUCUUUCUUUCUAAAGUCAAGCGCCAGUGGGGGUGAUUUGCAAGGAAUUAUCUCGCGGCGGACACGAAGUCAAGAUAACCCUAUCAUGGUGAAAGACAAGGUUUCAAUAGAUUACCUUAACGUCGACGUACCUCGUACACGUAACGACCCAAGCAGUCGGUAG